AUGGGUUUGUCAAAUAGUUGUUUACCAGUGAAACUAUGCAGCUGUCACUCAGCGAGUCGUCGUAAUUCAAUCAUUAGAAAGAAACUUGAACAUGAAGAACUAAUUCGAAUCAAUGCAAUGGAUAUCAAUCGAGUAUCCGAAGAUGAAUUAUUACUAUUACCAGGCGUAAAUCGACAAUUAGCACAUCAUAUAGUAGAAUAUCGACAGGCCAACGGUGGGUUUAAACAAACGAACGAACUUUUACAAGUCAAUGGAAUGACUCCAAGAUUGUUUAAAAGCAUUUGUACAGAAAUGACACUAUCGACUUCGAAUGAGAAAAAACAACUUCUCGAUCUCAAUGUAGCCACAUAUACAGAACUGUGCUGUCUACCUGGUCUGACACCAAAUCUAGCAACGAAAAUUCUCAAUCGUCGACAUCAAAAGAGAGGAUUUCAUUGCGUUGAAGAAUUACUCAAAGUCAAAGGUAUGGAUUAUAUUAUUCUAUCAACGAUUCGUCCGCAUGUAACGAUCAAAUAUCAACAAACAGCAACGGCAUCAGAUAAAACAGAAACACUUUCGCGUGCUUCACUAUUCCUAGAUACACUACCACCUGAAAUACACGCUAUGCUUGUUUCUUCAUCAUCUCAACAGUCGACGCGUCGUGCGAAUGGAGAAAGUAGAUCGAAACAUUUUCGCAUCGCAUCGUGGAAUUUACAACAACUUACCAGCGACAAAGCGCAAAAUCCCGGUGUUCAAGAAGUUAUCUGUCGAAUUAUACUUUUAAAUAAUUUUUCAAUAAUUGCUAUUCAAGAAAUUGGAAGUAAAGAGUCGCUCGAUUUCAUUAUCAAUGAAUUGAAUAAUCCCACGAUUCCAUCCAUAAAAAACCUAUCGAAUUCUUCUCAAGGUAAAUGGAAAUAUACCAUUAGUGAUGCCGUCGAUCAGAUAGUUCAGGGAUGUGAACAUCUCGGGUUUCUGUAUGAUGGAUCAAGUGGUAUUGAAUUAAAGCAAACUUCAUCUUUACGAUGUCAAGGAUAUUUUGAGCGUUCACCUUACAUAGCUGUCUUCGGAAUCUAUAAUAAAAUUGAACUAGUUUUGGUCAAUAUGCAUCUAACAGCAAAGAAAUCCGAUGAAGAUAAAAAUGAACAAACAAAAUAUGAAGCCAAAGCAUUAUCGGUUUUAGCCCGGGCGAUGAAAGAUACCAUCAAGCAAAAACAUAAGAUAAUUCUGGGUAGUUUUAACAUUAUACCGACAGCAUCGGAUUUCGAGGCAUUGAUCGAAUGCAAUUAUUCAUCUGUCAUAGCAGAAAAUACAGAUAUCAGUUUGAAAAUGUUACAAGGAACUUCGUGUGUAGAUAAUAUUUGGCUUUCAAUCGAGGCGAAAGCUUUGUACACAGGAAGCUCAGGGGUUAUUCGUCAUAGUCUUACUAGUCCAUGGAUUCCCACCGGAUGGACGUUGGGGGGUCUAGUCAGUGACCAUUGUCCUUUAUGGACUGAAUUUAGUCUAUCUUGA